ACAUGCCGGAUUACAGCUAUGGACACAUGGUGCAAUUGCGUGUGGCGUAGCCUUCUUCCCGGGAAGCGACUCAACUGUUGAGAUUCAUGCAAGUGAGUUGAUGACGUUUGUCUGCCGAUAGGUAUCUUUCGGGCAACCGGCUGGAGGGGAUACUAGGUGGGAUCGACGGGGUUUCGACAUGUGUGCAUGAGGGAAAGCGGGUAAGGCCUGGUUGUCGGGCAAGAGAUGGGGGCGUGGAAUGCUAGGCGGAGUAUCGGUCUUCUGGGAUUCAUGCAGGAGGGGUAUAUUGUGCGUUUGCUCGCGUAUAUAUAUGUGGGUGUUUCGCUGGGGCCUGGGUUGUUAAUUCGCCUCCUCCCAUCCCCGCAUCGAUUGAGCUUUGAUCACCAAGAGUUGGGCUAUCGUCUUUCGAUUUAGGAUUUUUUUACAAUCAUGGUGCACUUUCGUACAGAUAUCGGGGCGACGAAUGAGAUGGCGGAUCCGAAUAAUGAGAACUAUGCCAAGGAGCUCGAGACUGAUGUGUUGAUUGUAGGCGCUGGCUUUGGUGGCAUUUACUUGAUGCAUAAGCUUCGUCAGCAAGGGUUCAAGUGCAAGAUUAUGGAGGCUGGGUCGAAUAUUGGGGGUAUCUGGCAUUGGAACUGUUAUCCUGGUGCUCGCGUCGACUCUCAGAUCCCUAUUUAUGAGUACAGCAUGCCGGAGGUUUGGAAGGACUGGACUUGGUCAUGCCGGUACCCCGGCACAGAAGAACUUCAAAAGUACUUUGAUCAUGUCGAGAGGAAACUGGGUAUAAAGAAAGACUGUGCUUUCAAUACAAGAGUUGUUGGGGCACAGUAUGACAAACCGUCUUCAAGAUGGAUAGUGAAGACCGAGGAUGGCCGAACAGCGCGCUGCAAGUAUCUCCUGCUAGCUCUAGGGUUCGCAGCGAAGCGACACUUUCCAGACUGGCCAGGUAUGGAUAAGUUCAAAGGCGAAAUCCACCAUUCGAGUUUUUGGCCUGCGUCUGGAGUAGAUGUCAAGGGUAAGCGUGUUGCGGUGAUUGGAACCGGGUCGACGGGUGUUCAGAUUGCCCAAGAGACUUCCAAAGAAGCUGCCAGUAUAACGCAAUUUGUCAGGACACCAAAUCUCUGUCUGCCCAUGCGACAAAAACCUCUAACGAAAGAGGAGCAAGAGAAGAGGAAGCAGAACGAGUAUGAGGAGGUCUUUAAGAAGAGAUUGACGACUUUUGCCGGAUUCCAUUACGACUUUGUUCAGAAAAAUACCUUUGAAGACUCACCAGAGGAGCGCGAAGCAUUCUACGAGAAGAUAUGGGAGAAUGGUGGUUUCGAGUUCUGGCUGGCAAACUACAAAGACCUCUUAUAUGACAACAAAGCCAACCGCGAAGCCUACAAGUUCUGGGCAAAGAAGACUCGCGCACGGAUAUCAGACCCCGAGAAACGUGAGAUUCUCGCACCGCUGGAGCCACCACACGCCUUUGGCACCAAGCGACCAAGUCUAGAACAAGACUACUACGAGAUGCUCGACAAACCUGAGAACAAAGUUAUUGACGUGAAGAAAACGCCCAUAAAGGAGAUCAAUGAAAAGGGUAUCGUGCUCGCCGAUGGUACGCUUCACGAAUUCGACGUGAUCGCACUCGCUACCGGCUUCGACUCUGUAACAGGAGGCAUCAAGAGCAUGGGUUUGAAAGACGUCGACGGUGUCGAACUGUCAGAGAAAUGGAAGAAUGGGACGUACUCGUAUCUGGGUAUGACGAUAAGUGGCUUCCCCAACACAUUCUUCCUCUACGGCGCACAAGGUCCCACAGCCUUCUCCAACGGUCCAACAUGCGUGGAAGUUCAGGGUGACUGGAUCGUCGACGCCAUAGUCAAGCUCCGCAAUGAAGGUAUCACGUACUGCGAGCCCACGCAUGAAGCUGAGCAGCAAUGGCGGGAGAAGAUCAUGGAGCUGAGCGAUAAGACAUUGUUCCCGCAGACGAAGUCGUGGUAUAUGGGAGAUAAUGUGCCGGGCAAGGUUCGGGAGCAGUUGAGUUUUGCGGGCGGGUUUCCUUUGUAUAGAGAGUUGACGAGGAAAGCGCUUGAUAAUGGGUUUGAGGGGUUUGUUACUGUUUAAAAUUUUCUGGUUAGAGUAGAUGGAGUGUAAUUAUUUUCACGUGAUAAUGGUUUCGCCUCAG